UAGUUUAUUUGGUAGUUUUUGUACAAUAAUAUUGUAAUAUACCAAGUAAUCGAUCUGUAAUGGAUGCAGUGUAUGUGAAGACAGAGCCUUUAUGGGACGCGCCGGCCGCUUGCUCACCAUCCCCCCACGGGCAUAUCUCUGAAGCUGAAUUGCUGACGACCAACGCACCGGGCAUUAUGGAGACUGAUCAACAGGAACUUCAUAAUGACACUAAGCGAGAGGAUAUUGACAUGAAGGAAGGAGACUUACCAGUGAUUAUUGAUGUGGAGCAAAUCAAAUAUGAAGAUGAAGUUGUUGCAAUUGAAAUAGAACAAGAAGCUAGUCAGAUAACACAAGAGCAAAAUGGUAACAUGAAGAAAGAAAUCAUCCCGCGUGAUGAAGUUGUCAACACAAAACUGAUAACUAACACAGAGAAAGAGGUCGCUCAUGUAAAACAAGAGAUCAAACUGUGUCAUGAUGUUAAACAAGAAAUUGAACUGCCAGAUAUAAAUGUGAAGCAAGAAGUUAUUGACCAAGAUGUUAUAGAUAUAGAUGUGAAAAAGGAAGUAUAUUAUUUGCAAAAAGUUAAAGACGCGAAGGAGAUUGAUACGCGUGAAGAAGUUAUCAACAGUUUUGUGUUAACAACUAACACAGAGAAAGAGGUCGCUCAUGUAAAACAAGUGAGCAACACAGUUAAACAAGAAAUUGAACUGCCAGAUAAAGUUAUAAAUGUGAAGCAAGAAGCUAUCGACUUACAAGAUGUUAUAGACGUGAAAAAGGAAGUAUUUGAUUUGCAAAAAGUUAAAGACACGAACAUUGAUGUACAAGAGAAUGUGAAUGAUGCGAAGCAGACAGGCCUGCAGAAGGUGGUGCAGAUAAAGAAGGAGGUAGAGGAGUUGUAUUCGGGGCAUGAGGUGCGGGGGGAGCUCGUGCUGAGUCCCGCUGGCGUGCAGACGCGCGCACAAUCUAAAACUCAAGAGACACACAGGGGAGGCACCACAGAAGACUUACUGGUCGUCGCGAGCGCGAGUAGAGCACCACGCGAAUGCCGCAUCUGCUCGAGAGUGUGCAAGCAUCCGAGUGCCUUAAAGAUACACAUGCGAACACACACGAAAGAAAAACCUUUUUCAUGCGAAACAUGUCACAAACAAUUCGCAGUACACGACACUUUAGUGAAACACGAGCGCGUCCAUACCGGCACUAAACUUUACUCGUGUAGCUCGUGUAUCAAACAGUUUGCACACAAAAGCGGUUUAAAGAUACAUGAACGUAUACACACAGGGGAGAAACCAUACGCGUGCAUACUGUGCGACGAGAGCUUUACUAGUCUGAAUAAUUUGAAGAAUCACAAACUAAAACAUACCGGUGAAAAGCCUUAUUUCUGUAGCGUGUGCGAAAAGAGGUUCACCAAGCGAAGUACAUUAAACAGUCACGAAAAACUUCAUAAAGGAGAAAAACCACACUCGUGCAGUAUAUGUAAUAAGGAGUUUUCAAAACUUAGUAAUUUAAAAAUACACGAGCGAAGUCACACAGGCGAAAAACCUUAUUCCUGCGGAAUGUGCGAAAAGAAGUUUGCACACCGCAGUCAUUUGAAGACUCACGAGCGUACCCAUACCGGUGAAAAGCCGUAUUCUUGUCGAGUAUGUAACGAGACGUUUACUCAGCGCUCUACUUUAAAAAAUCACGAACGGAUCCAUACAGGGGAGAAGCCAUACUCUUGUGGAACGUGCGACAAGAAGUUUGCUAACAGCAGCCAUUUAAAGAUUCAUGAGCGUAUUCACAGCGGGGAGAAACCUUAUUCCUGCAAAGUAUGUAAAAAUAGUUUUAUUGAUAGGAGCUCUUUAAAAAGUCAUGUGCGUAUUCACACCGGUGAAAAACCUUACUCUUGCGGUAUAUGUAUGAAAGACUUUUCACAGCUGAAUGCUUUAAAGGUUCACGCACGCACUCACACAGGUGAGAGACCAUUUUCAUGCGGGACGUGUAAGAAGACAUUCUCCCGCCGCUCCCUUUUACUUUGCCACGAGCGUAUACACAGCGGGGACAAACCAUACACCUGUGAUGUAUGUAAAAAGAGUUUUACGCAACGGAAUACAUUAAUAAUUCAUGAAAGGAUUCACACAGGUGAAAAACCAUUCUCAUGCGAGAUGUGUGAGAAGAAGUUCACUAAUCGCAGCGGUUUGAGGAGCCACAAGUGUGUAUGAUAGUCGUACGGUUUUAAAAUGUCGGAAUCAACUUGAGAGGCACUGUUUUCCUUUGUUAAACCAAAUCGCUAAUUACGGGUGCAAAGUAAAACGCAAUAACAACAAAAUAUUCCAUACAGAUAUCAACUUUACCGCUAAAAGAAUAGAGUUAGAAUUACAUUAGCAGGUACUCAAUACCUAUAAGACCUUUUGGAAUUUAGAGCCGUAGUCGCCUCCAUGUUUGUCUACAUUUCAUGUUUAUUUACCUAACUAUAUUCUGUAUCAGUAGGUAUUUAAAUAAAAGUAAAUAAAUAAUUUGUAUAUUUUCGGCUAGUUAUAACAUUUAUUGGCUAACCAACCAAAUAGAAAAGCACCUGGAUCUAUCACUGAACGACCUGACUGUAACCUACAUUAUUUGAUCAUGCAAUGUUUUCGUCUACCCUCAACUAUGGAGCCAUUUGAGGGUAGAUUUUGUUUACUUUUAUUUAAAUACCUAAAGGUACAGACCGUGGCAACAAGACAGGACAACGCUAGGGUGAUGAUGUUGAUAUUGAUGAUGUUGCUUGUAUGUUUCCGUGUUGCUCGAAGGAAGUUGACAAAUACGAACGUUUCCGAGAAAAUACGAUGGAAAACAAUUAUGCACGUUUUUUUUUAGCAUUAGAAAGAACUUGCAAGUAGGUGAGCGAUCUUGACGUAUCUUUUAAUUGAACAAUUUAAUUAUUUUUUUUACUAUUUAAUAUUAUUUGUCCCUGAGUCGUGGGUGUUUUCUAUGUAUACAUAUAUAUAUAUAUAAGUAUAUAUCUAUCUAUAUUAGGGCCACUUGCACUAUUCCACUAACCCGAGGUUACCGAUUAAACCUAGAGUUACAAUGGUUACCAGUACAAUUUGACAAUGGGUUAACGUUUUAACCGCUUAACCCCGGGUUAGUGGGAUGGUGCAAGUGGAUCUAAGUGCUCCGUGAACAAAGUUUUGUAUAGCACUAUACUGCAAAAGUAAGACAAUGUUGCCACUGCAAUAAUUUGUUCGUAAAAUAGUAAAUUGGUAAUGAUAAAUAAUCACGCUAAGAUAAUUUAUUUAUUAGUAAUGUUACUCCUGCAAUUUAAUAAAGUACUUUUAUUUACUUAUUUUUACAUAAAUACAAAACGCGCCAAUAAAAAAGUGGCAACAUUUCUUACUUUUUUGGUCUUGAAUUACGUUUUGCAGUUUAGAAAAUACAAAAAAAAAAACAAUCAUA